CAAACUGUCUUUGCUUCAAGCGUUCUCUUCCUCUCUCUAUAAAAUUCGCAGUAAUGAUUAUGUCUAAGCUCUUCAACACCAAACGAUUCUCCACUCUAUCUUGUUCUUCUUCUCCUUGUCAUCGGAAGAAAACCAAAACUCGUGCACUCUCAGCUCUCCUAAAAAGUGGCUUCACUCCAACCCUGAAACACUGCAACCAAUUCCUUCUCUUUCUCUCUCAAAACCAUAAAUUCAAAUCAGUUAUUCUCUUAUUCUCUCAAAUGAACGCAUACCAAAUCAUGGGAGACUCUUCUACACAUUUGCUUUUUACAAGGGCUCUUCUCAAAGAGCAUAAAUAUGAAGAAGCAGCUCAAUUCAUGAAGACCCGGAUGGCAAAAACUUCUGUUUGUCGACAAAAUCACAUCUGGGAUUCUCUAAUUCAAGGCCUUUGUAUCGAUGUAAAAGAUCCCGAAAAGGCGCUUUCUGUGUUGAAAGAUUGUUUGAGGGUUGAUGGUAUAUUGCCUUCUUCUUUUACUUUUUGUUCUUUGAUUCAUUGUUUGAGUUCUAUGGGAAUGAUGGAUAGGACAAUCGAAGUGUUAGAGUUGAUGACUGAUGAGAAAAUUCAAUACCCUUUUGAUAAUUUUGUUACCAGUUCAGUAAUUUCUGGGUUCGUUAAGAUUGGAAAACCUGAAGUUGCAAUUGGGUUUUAUGAGAAUGCUGAAAAGGCAGGUGGUCUAAGGCCUAAUAUCGUGACUGGUACUGCUCUUGUUAGUGCUUAUUGUAGGUUGGGUAGAAUUGAGGAGGCCCGUGAUUUGGUUUCUAUGAUGGAAAAUGAAGGAGUUGCAUUUGAUGUUGUGUUUUAUAGUAAUUGGAUGUAUGAGUAUUUUAGGGAAGGAUUCCUUGUGAUGGCAUUUCAAAAAUACAAAGAAAUGGGGGAAAGAAAAAUUGACUUGGAUACUAUUAGCUAUACUAUACUUAUAGAUGGGUUUUCAAAGGAAGGAAAUGUGGAAAAAACAGUUGGCUUUUUAAACAAGAUGAGAAAGGAUGGAUUGAAACCCAAUUUGGUUACUUAUACCGCAGUCAUGUUGGGAUUCUGCAAGAAAGGGAAAAUUGAGGAGGCAAUCACAGUGCUCAAGACUGUUGAAAAUUUAGGAAUUGAAUUGGAUGAAUUCGCCUAUGCAACUUUGAUUGAUGGCAUUUGCAGGAAGGGCAAUUUUCCUAUUGUUUUUCAACUGCUUGCGGAAAUGGAGAAGAAGGGUAUCAAACCUAGUAUUGUAACGUAUAACACUGUGAUUAAAGGAUUGUGCAAAGCUGGGAGGACAUCUGAGGCAAAUGAGAUCUCAAAGGGCAUAGUAGGAGAUGUUGUCACAUAUGGUACAUUGUUAACUGGGUACAUUGAAGAAGAGAAUGUCACUGGGAUGCUGGAAAUAAAGAAAAGACUGGAAGCAGAUGGAGUUUGUUUGGAUGUGGUUAUGUGUAACAUUCUUAUUAAAGCACUAUUUAUGGUGGGGUCAUUUGAGGAUGCUCUUGCAAUUUAUAAGGGAAUGCCUGACAUGGACUUGGCUGCAGAUUCUGUUACUUACUGUACAAUGAUUGAUGGGUACUGUAAAGCAGGUAGAAUUGAUGAGGCACUUGAGAAAUUUGACGAGUUUCGAAAGGCAUCAAUCUACUCAGUUGCAUGUUACAAUUGUAUUCUUCAUGGCCUAUGCAAGAAGCGUAUGGUAGGUAUGGCCAUUGAGGUGUUUCUGGAACUCAAUGAGAGAGGUUUGCCUGUGGAUGUGGACAUAUAUAUGAUGUUGAUCAAAGCAAUCUUUGAAGAAAAAGGGGCAGAAGGAGUUCUGCAUUUAGUUCAUAGAAUUGAAAAUCUGGGAUAUGAUAUAUUUGAUACUUUAUGUGACAGUGCUAUUUCUUUCCUAUGCAAGAGAGGUUUUCCUGAGGCUGCCAGUGAUGUUUACAUGGUAUUGAGGAGGAAAGGCUCUGUCGUGACGGGCAGGUCUUACUAUUCACUCUUGGAAGCACUUGUUCAUGAUAGCAAGAAUGGAUUGACUCAACCCAUUUUGGGUAGCUUUGUAAAGAAGUAUGGGCCAUUUGAAUCUAGAGUAAGAGAGAUACUAGUAUAUUGCCUAUGUAUGGACAAUGUGAAUAAAGCUCUUAGAUUUCUCACAAAGAUGAAGGAGAACAUGUGCAAUGUAGCUUUUCCUGUAACUGUUAUUGAGAAACUCACGAAGAAUGGUAGAGUUUUGGAUGCAUAUGAACUUGUCAUGGGAGCAAACGGUCAUCUGCCUCCUAUGGAUGUAGUUGAUUACUCAAUAGUGGUUGACAGCCUUUGCAAAUCUGGACACUUCCAUAAGGCUUUAGAUGUAUGUGAUUUUGCAAGGAGAACAGGUGUCAUGUUGAACAUUGUCACCUACAACUCGGUUAUAAAUGGAUUGUGUCGCCAAGGGUGUCUUGUUGAAGCACUUAGGUUGUUUGAUUCAUUAGAGAAGAUCAAUACGGUUCCCUCAGAAAUCACAUAUGCUACACUUAUUGACACUUUGUCCAAAGGAGGUUUCUUGCUGGAUGCCAGGAACAUGUUUGAAAGCAUGGUCCUCAAAGACUUUAAGCCAAAUACACGUGUCUACAACUCAUUAAUUAAUGGAUAUUGCAAAUUAGGUCAAAUGCAGGAAGCCUUGAAGCUUCUUCAUGAUUUAGAGGUAAAAUGCCUUCAGCCUGACGGAUUCACUGUUAGUACAAUGAUCGAUGGCUACUGCCUAAAAGGUGACAUGGAAGGGGCACUUGGAUUCUUUUUUGAGUUCAAAAGGAAAGGCAUGCCACCUGAUUUAUUGGGUUUCAUAUAUUUGAUGAGAGGCCUAUGUGCUAAGGGAAGGAUGGAAGAGUCCCGGAGUAUUUUGAGAGAGAUGCUUCAGACCCAACAUGUUGUUGAUGUGCUGAAUGAAGUUGACACUCAGGUUGAAAUGGAGUCCUUGGCAAGUUUUCUGGUCUCUUUGUGUGAGCAAGGAAGUAUCCAGGAAGCUAUUACCAUCUUAAAUGAAGUUGCAUCUAUGUUUUUCCAUGUUGGGAGGAGGUCUGGUGCUUGCAAUGGUUCAGAAAUUCUAGAGGAGCCAUACAAUGGGAAAACUUUUGAUGUAGUUAAAUCUAAGUCUUUAAUCUGCAAUUAUGAGACUGAUUUAGACUUCAAAUCGUGCAAUAUGGGGAGAUUAGAAGAGUUUAUGAAAAAAGACCCCACUGUAGGUAAUAAAAAAUCUCAAUAUCUUGAUUUUGAUUCUUGCUAUACCCUAAUUGCCUCACUCUGUUCAAGAGGAGAGGUGUGGAAAGCCAAUAAACUGGUCAAAAUGCUUUCGGAUUCCACAGAGGUACUCUACUUCAAAUGAUUGGGUUUUAUACCUACAGAUGGAGCUCCUUUCCAUUCCACGUGCAACAUUAAACCACGAAGGUUACACCUGCAGGUUGUGGACAGCGACAAUUGUAAAAAUAAAGCAGAUGAUUUGGGCAGGUGUUUCUUCUUGGUUUACACUGCUAUGCUGUAUCACUGUCAUCCUCUUCUUCAUUGUUUAUGUGCCAUACUUCGUUACAGCUGCCAAUAAUCUUCCAGUCUUUUGACAAGUUACUAACAUGUACAACUUGUUCCAAAAAAGGCAGAAACUACAGCAGUUAUGUAACACCACAAUGCAAUGUGCCGUCUGCGAAAGAGGGAGAGAGAGGGGGUAGGAAGAUUGACUAUAUAGUGCUAGCUUCAGGUCAAGCCCUGUUACGAGCUGUUUCUUCUUGGAAUCCAAUUCCAACUGGAACCAAAUGCUUUGUUCGCUGUAUUAUCAUAUUUCUCAUAUGCACCUUUAACUAUGUAAUUUAUUCAAUUUGACUUGACACGUUGACAUUUUUCGCCAAGAAAAUAAU